AAGAUAGUGACAAAUGUUCAAAUCAUAGACUUCAAUAAUUGAACUCAGAAGAAGAACAAAACCCAAUCAGCCACACAUAUAUUCACAUAAACCCAAAAAGAGAAGACGAAGAAGAAGACUUUAAUGGAGAUUAUUCCGCCGUCACAAUCUCCGGUAACACCACUCCGCCGUACAAAAUCCAUCCCCACCAUGACGACUUCGAACACUCAAGAAAUCCCUUUCGACAUCGCUUCAACGCCGCCGUCUUCCUUCGACUACGACCUGAUCACCACAAAACCAUCUUCUUUCGUGGCCUACACGUCUCUCAGAGAUAUCAUCUCCUCUUCUUCUCCGAGUAACUCGUCGCUCGCUUUACCGAUGAUUUUUCACGGUAGCUGCUCUCCGGUUAUUUCAUCAUCCGUCGGAGAUAUCUCGAUUCGUAACCGUCUCGUUAAGCAAGCUGCUCUGUCUUAUCUUCAACCAACGGCUUUGACUUCUUCCGACGAUUCUCCUGGUUCUCAAUUCUUCCGCCGCGUAUGGCUUCAAAUAUCCGCCGGGUUACAAGAAACUCAUAUCAAAAAUAGAAAAAUGGACAAAAAGUAG